AUGACUAACCAUCUAUCUUUAUUUCACCAGCUCAGGAAGAUCAAGUUGAAGGCCCUCAAGACCUCUUUUCACCAGGACAAUUACAGAUUUUAUUCCCUCAAUCGCAUUAUACCCACAGGCCUCCAACUUCAUUGCACUCCCGGUCUCGGUACUCUCACACCUGAACUUCGCAAACGCUGGAACCAGACCUUACAUGGAGCUUCAGUUCGACUAAUUAACAUCCUCUCUGAACAGUGUAUUGCUUCUCUUGAUUCCUUUUCAGCUGACAUCAGUAGCUUGGAAGACAAACUACGUUCUUGUUGUACCCACACCCAGUGGCUUCAGUAUAAUGAUGAAAUUGAAUCUGAUCUCUCUAAACACAGGUCUCUCCUCACUGAACGCAGGAACAAGAAAAUAGGUAACCUCACAAAGAAGCGACAACGGUCAAACAGAUUUAGACGACAUACCAACAACAAUGAUGCAUCCCCCCAUUUGGUUGUUAAUCUCUCAUCCUCCCCUCUCUCCCAAGCAGAAACCUCUCUUCUCUCUAAAGGGCUCAAGUUUUGCCCAACGCCACCAGAAGUUGAACAGAUAGCUCUCAGCCAAGACCUCUCUACAUUUUAUCGCAGGAUACGUCUCAAAGAGUUCUUUUUAGAUGAACCCCCUUCUGAUCCCGAGCCCUUCUACCGGAAAAGCACAUGGACUCCGCCCAAGAAUAGAGUUCCUUCCCUUGAAACUUACAUUCAACAAGCUGUCUCAUCCCAAGUUUGCUCCACAGAUACCCUCGACACCAGAGCACAUGACAACCUCCCUCGAGAAGAACGCCAGGCUCUCUCAUCACUCAAAAACAGGUCCGACAUCAUCAUCAAGCCUGCAGACAAAGGAUCAGCCGUCGUCGUCAUGGACCGCCAGCAGUACAUCAAUGAAGCCAUGAAACAUCUCAAUAAUCGAUCUCACUAUGCACUCCUUGAUUCUGACCCCACUUGUAAUUUCUCCCUACAGAUCCAAUCGACACUGAAUGACAUGAAAGACAACAAGCAUCUCUCCGAGAAGGCCCACAAAUUUCUCUCCCCUACUAAUGCUAAACCUGCCCGCUUCUAUCUCCUCCCCAAGAUCCACAAACCUGGCAACCCUGGUCGACCCAUCCUCUCAGGAAAUGGUUCCCCAACAGAGAACAUCUCCCUUUUUGUUGAUUACCACAUUAAACCCCUUGUCUCACGUGCACCCUCUUACAUCCACGACACUCCAGACUUUCUCAGGAAACUCAAUGACAUCAAGGACCAGAUACCGGAGACUGCGAUCAUCGGCACUUUGGAUGUUUCUUCACUGUACACCAAUAUUCCCCACGAUGAAGUGGCCAUUCCAGUCCCCCCAUUUCCGAUAUCAAAUCUCUGA